CAGACUUCAUUUCCCAUGCGGCGCGGCGGCGGGGCAGGCGAUGUCCGCCAUCUUACCGCUCCCUCCUCCCCCGGUGCGGCCGGAUUGAAUGAGCCUGCUGCCCGCGAGCUGAGCGCCAUGUCAGGCACCCCGAUCCGCGGCACCCCCGGCGGGACCCCGCUAUCGCCGACCCGCAUCUCCCGCCUGCAGGAGAAGGAGGAGCUGCGGCAGCUCAAUGACCGCCUGGCCGUCUACAUCGACCGCGUGCGGGCGCUGGAGCUGGAGAAUGACCGGCUGCUGGUGAAGAUCUCUGAGAAAGAGGAGGUCACCACCCGCGAGGUCAGUGGCAUCAAGAACCUCUAUGAGUCUGAACUGGCUGAUGCUCGAAGAGUUCUGGAUGAAACAGCCAAAGAGAGGGCGAGGUUACAGAUUGAGAUAGGAAAACUGAGGGCUGAACUUGAGGAGUUCAAUAAAAGCUACAAAAAGAAAGAUGCAGAUUUGUCUGUUGCUCAAGGUCGCAUUAAGGAUCUUGAAGUCCUCUUCCAUAGAAGCGAAGCAGAACUCAAUACUGUUCUGAAUGAGAAACGCAGCCUGGAGGCAGAGGUGGCUGAUCUGCGUGCCCAACUUGCAAAGGCUGAAGAUGGUCAUGCUGUGGCUAAGAAGCAGUUGGAGAAGGAGACACUUAUGCGUGUGGACCUGGAGAAUCGGUGCCAGAGCUUGCAGGAGGAUCUGGAUUUCAGGAAGAAUGUGUUUGAGGAGGAGAUAAGAGAGACAAGAAAGCGGCAUGAGCAUCGCUUGGUCGAAGUGGACACCAGUCGCCAGCAGGAGUAUGAGAACAAAAUGGCUCAGGCCCUGGAGGAUCUGCGAAAUCAGCAUGAUGAGCAAGUCAAGCUGUACAAAAUGGAGCUGGAGCAGACCUACCAGGCUAAGUUGGAGAAUGCCAUCCUGGCCUCUGACCAAAAUGACAAAGCUGCUGGUGCAGCUCGGGAGGAGUUGAAGGAGGCUCGCAUGAGAAUAGAAUCUCUCAGCUACCAACUUUCUGGCCUUCAGAAACAGGCCAGUGCAGCAGAAGAUCGCAUUCGUGAGUUGGAGGAAACGAUGGCUGGUGAACGGGAUAAAUUUAGGAAGAUGCUUGAUGCCAAGGAGAGGGAGAUGACAGAAAUGAGGGACCAAAUGCAGCUGCAGCUUACAGAAUACCAGGAGCUGCUUGAUGUGAAAUUAGCACUUGACAUGGAAAUCAGUGCUUAUCGAAAACUCCUGGAGGGAGAAGAGGAAAGGCUGAAGCUCUCUCCCAGCCCCUCGUCCCGCGUUACUGUCUCUCGAGCCACAUCCAGCAGCAGCAGCAGCAGCACUUCACUUGUCCGCUCUUCCCGAGGCAAGAGGCGACGGAUUGAAGCAGAGGAGCUCUCGGGCAGUGGGACGAGUGGGAUUGGCACUGGAAGUAUCAGUGGUAGCAGUAGCAGCAGUAGCUUCCAAAUGUCCCAGCAAGCUUCAGCUACAGGAAGUAUCAGCAUUGAAGAGAUAGACCUGGAGGGCAAAUACGUUCAACUGAAGAACAACUCGGAGAAGGAUCAGUCUUUGGGUAACUGGAGACUGAAAAGACAAAUUGGAGAUGGAGAAGAAAUUGCGUACAAAUUUACUCCGAAGUAUGUCCUCAGGGCUGGGCAGACUGUAACAAUCUGGGGUGCGGAUGCAGGUGUAUCUCACAGCCCCCCUUCUGUUCUCGUGUGGAAGAAUCAGGGCAGCUGGGGCACUGGAGGAAAUAUCCGCACAUACCUCGUGAACUCUGAUGGAGAGGAAGUUGCAGUGAGAACUGUUACUAAAUCAGUUGUCGUGCGGGAGAAUGAAGAGGAAGAGGAUGAGGCAGACUUUGGAGAGGAGGACCUUUUCAACCAACAGGGGGAUCCCAGAACAACUUCUCGAGGAUGCUCAGUGAUGUGAAGAAAGAAAGAAAAAAAAACUAUUACUUGCUAUUUUUUUCCAUUUAUUUCCUUUUAUUUUUGCUAUUUUUUUUUUUUCCUCCAGAGCCACUGAAAACUAUUUUUAUACGUAUCAUCUGAUUUCUUUGAUGGUUACUCCUUGGUACAUUUUUAUAUAAAAAAAAAUCUAAAAAAAAAAAACCUUUACUGAACAAAACUGCCAGAGUUUUUAAUAGAUUUCUUAAUUUCUCUCUCUUUGUUGAAACACUGUAUUGGAAUAAUUGUUUUUCCCUAUACAGAGUUUAAAGUCUUAUGCACAAACCUGCGGCAGAAAUUUUUAGCUAAAAUGGGACGAGACUUCUUGAGUGUAUGGUGAACCUGUGCUUUGUGCAUCCAUGAGCAGGAUGACUUAAAAACAAAGCUUAAGAAAGGAUGUUUACCUGCAGGGCCUUGGGAGGUCGGUGGUAAUGUUUCUCUGACCUUUAAGAAAUGAUAGGAUCCUGUGGGUGCCCAGCUUGGAAAAAUUAUGCCCCAAAUGCAUUAGAAGUGCUUCUCCAGCAGUGGAAGUAAUAAAGGGUAGCUGCCUUUUAACCAGGUCUUGGUUCAGGACUGUGGAUUUCUGUGCUACUCCAGGAUUUGACAGCCUGACGAUCGUCUGAACCCCAUCAGUGCUGUGGCUUCAGGCCAUUAUUUCAGGAGGUGGAGAGCUUCUGCUGUCUGCAGAUGGGUGGGAGUGUCAAAAACAGACUUGUAAUCAUUGUAUUCUCAAAGGAUUUUGACAUUGUAACAAAUGAGAUCUUGUUAAAUUGUGAAUGCAAGUCGUGAUGUAUAGUAUUUAUGAUGUUAAGCAUCAUGAUUUAAUGAUUUUGACAUAUUCAGCAUUGAACAGAAUGACUAAGAUUUUAAUGUUGAAAAUAUUUUUAUUUCUGGCAUUGAUAAAUAUUUGGGGUUUUAAAGGUUAUCUGUGUAAAUGUUGAUUUCUUUUUGUUUUGUUGAAUCAGACCUAAAUGCAGCUUAUCCACACUUGUCUUACAUCCAGAGGGCCGUUGUCAGACACACUGAGUGUCUGCAAAGUAGUACAGAAACAGCUGAGUGCCGUUUUAGAGAGUUAGAAGGAACUGCUGCUGCUGUGGAUGGGAGCAUUACUUUGCAGAUCCUCACAGUAACAGUGGGUGAUGUGAACAAUCUUUUUUUUUAUGAAGAUGGUUUUUAUUUCAGACGAUGACUCUGGUAUCUGACAGCGUCCCUUUGGCUUAAGGUUUCUUCUGCUGCACUUCUGUGGAGGUAGCAGUGGCUCUCCUAAGGCCAGCAUUCAGAUAGCAGCGCAUCUUCAAGCACUAGGAAGACUUGACUGCCCCAAAGAAUGCCUGGGCUGCACUCAAGCAGAUGGUUUUUGCAUUGGUUCUUAAUUUGGGUGCUGUUGGCAGCACAGAACGCUGUUGUUACCUGCACUCUCGAGCUCUGACCUGCCGUUCAAGUAGUUGAGACUCAUCAAACCAGCAGCGAGGUUUGGAUGUUUUCGGUGGCUUUUGGACAUUGUGUUCUCUGAACAACAUUAUGACUGACAGACGUAACCGAGGAGGUCAUUGUAGUGGCUCUGACCGGUGGCUAUGCAGUGCAAGCAGAGUGGGAACAGAAGUGAGAUUUCUAAGCUUAGGUUGUAUUUUUUGCCAUCUAAAAAUAAAUUUGAGGCGCUACUUUUCUCUGUUUGGGUGGCGUGAUUUAAUUAUGAAGUUAAUGAGCGGAAUUCAGAUUUUUGUGUUAGUUCAGCAGGCGGAGCGUUGCAAAAAGCAGUAGGAAGCCUUGGCUGUUUGGGCUGGAGGGGUCGCUCCAUGGCUGUUGUUGGCCAUUUUUCAAGUGUAAUUUUCCCACUCUGCUUGAGUAGAAGGUGAAAUAUGUAGUAAAUCAUGUCUCUCUCUCUCUGUAAAGUGUAUCUAAUGAAAUUAUGUUUCUCAGA